GAAGCAGCAGGCGGUGUUGUACGUCAUCGGUCAGUCAACGCUGGACCAACCCAAACCCAAGAGAAGGGGCACCAGAAACACCUCAACAAAAUCGUGAGCAGCCUUGGGGUCUCCCUGAAGUCUGAACCACACUCAACAAAACCCAUGGUAGUUUCAGAACAAACAAACAAACAUGGAAGCCAUGGGCGAGCACACCCAGCGCUCAAAAUCCUAGAGAGGGGGAGGAACAUCUCUUCUUCUUCUUCCUUCCCUUCCUACUCGAGCCGGUGGAGGUCAGCGGGGAUUGAGGAGGAGGAGGGGAAGAGGCGAGGCAGGAAAUCAAGCGGGAAUCCAAGAACCGUAAGGAUGACCGUGGUGGAGAGGAGGUACGGUCCCUGUACCAGCCAUGGUUCCUUCCUCCUACGGCUGCUGCUGCUGCCGUUCUUCUUCUUCCUCUGCUUCAUCGAUGUGCCGCCGGCCGGCGCCGCCGCCACCACACAGUCGCCUCCACUAGACAACACGCAAAAGGCUAUCAUGAACGAUGUUGCGAGUCUGGUGAACUCCGGAUCCGCCAACACCAGGUGGAACACCGCGGAGUCGAAUCCGUGCAACUGGGAAGGAAUCACCUGCACAAGUAACACUUCUUCCUCGGCCGUGACUCGGAUCGCCUUGUCAAACUAUGGCCUCGCCAACUCCUCCAUCUUUGCUCCCCUCUGCCGUCUUGGCACUCUGCGGUACCUUGACCUUUCCAGAAAUUUUUUAGCAGAUUUGUCCGCCCCGUUCUUCGCCUCUUCUUCUUCUUCUUGCUCCAUGAAGGAAGGGCUGCAGUCACUUAACCUGAGCACCAACCGGCUGGCUAGCCCGCUCGGUGAGUUGGCCGGCUUCCCCCAGCUACAAGUUCUUGACCUGUCCUUCAAUUCCUUUGCCAGCAGAAAUCUGAGUGCGGAAUUGGGUUAUUUCCCCAAGUUAAGGAGCUUCAACACUAGUUCCAAUGACUUGAAUGGUGAUGUUCCUACCAGUAUGGUCGGCUCUUUGGAGGAGCUGGUAUUGUCUAGUAAUAAUUUGAGUGGUCCAAUUCCUCUGCGUUUGUUUGAAUAUGAAAAUCUUACUCUGCUAGAUCUCAGCCAGAAUAAUCUGACCGGUGCUAUUCCAGAUAACUUCACGAGUCUCUCCAAGCUUGAGACUUUGCUCCUUUCUGGCAACAAAUUGAUUGGGGAAAUACCAUCGAGUCUGUCUAAUGUGACAACACUGUCUAGGUUUGCAGCUAACCAGAACGGUUUAACUGGACCCAUCCAUAGCUGGAUUACCAAGCAUAUAGGGAUGUUGGAUUUGAGUUACAACAAGCUGAAUGGGACAAUCCCCUCAGACUUCCUCUCGCAUCAGGGGUUGCAGAGUGUUGAUCUUACCAGCAACUUGCUUAACGGAGCCAUUCCUGCCACCUUGUCUCAAAGCCUCUACCGCUUGAGGCUUGGUGGGAACCAGCUUGGUGAGAACAUCCCAGGGUCAGUUUGUGAUACCAUGGGCUUGACUUAUCUUGAGUUGGAUGACAACCAAUUGACAGGAGUUAUACCUUCAGAGCUUAGCAAAUGCAAGAACUUGACACUGUUGAAUCUGGCAUCAAAUCGUUUGCAUGGUUUAGUGCCCAGUAUUACCGGUGAACUUGACAAACUGGUAGUUCUGAAGCUUCAAAAUAACACCCUCACUGGACAGGUUCCAAGUACAUUUUCUGAAUUAAAGAGCCUAAUCACAUUGAAUCUCAGUAAGAAUUCACUCAGUGGAGCGAUACCAAGCGGAAUUUUCGAGUUGCCAAAGCUUUCGAACUUGUAUUUGCAGGGUAACCAGUUUAGCGGUUUUAUUCCGUUCUCCAUCAGUUCAUCAAAGGAUCUAAUCGAGCUCAACCUGGGUGAUAAUGCUCUGACUGGUAACAUCCCAACCAUGCCAACCACUGUGACCACAUCUCUUCUGAAUCUUAGUCAUAACCUUCUUGACGGGUCUAUUCCUUCAAACAUCAACUCUUUAGGUGAACUAGAGAUUCUUGAUCUUUCUCACAAUGCCCUGUCUGGUGCUGUGCCAUCUUCACUAUGGAGCCUGCAAAGCCUGACACUGCUGGACCUUUCCUAUAAUAAUCUGUCUGGGUCUAUUCCUAGAUUCGGUCCAAGUCAAACUGUAGAUAUUGUCGGAAAUCCUGGUCUUGUAAUUGUAAAUGGUACAGGAAACAAUAAUGACACUCCUACUACUGGUAAGAAAAAGAGGCACUAUUUGGUCGUCAUCAUCUUCACCAUUGCCGGUACUCUUGUUGGAUUAUGUGUGCUUGCUCUUAUUAUUGUGAUGUCAUUAUCAAAGAGAGUGUAUCGUGUUGAAGAUGAAGGAUUACCAGCUGGAGAAUCUGUACCACAAAUAAUCAGUGGUCGCCUCAUAACUAUGAACAGCAUCCACACCUCUGCAGUUGACUUCGUGAAGGCAAUAGAAGCAGUCUCCAACCAUCAGAACAUCUUUUUGAAGACCAGAUUCUGCACCUACUACAAGGCUGUAAUGCCUAAUGGCUCAACAUACUCUGUAAAAAAACUUAAUUCUAGUGACAAGAUUUUCCAAAUUGGGAGCCAGGAGAAGUUUUCUCAUGAAAUUGAGGUUCUAGGGAAACUGACCAAUUCGAAUGUCAUGGUUCCAUUGGCCUACAUCUUGACUGCAGAUUGUGCCUACCUAAUCUAUGAGCAUGCAUACAAUGGCACUGUAUCUGAUUUGCUACAUGGUGGAAAAUCAGAAGUUAUAGACUGGCCGUCACGAUAUAGCGUUGCUUUGGGGGUGGCCCAAGGGCUGACAUUUCUUCAUGGGUGCACUCAGCCGGUUUUGCUUCUUGAUCUGUCAACAAGGACCAUCCACUUGAAGUCAAAAAAUGAGCCUCAGAUUGGAGAUAUCGAGCUUUACAAGAUUAUUGACCCUUCCAGGAGUACGGGAAGCUUUUCAACCAUUGCUGGAACAGUUGGUUAUAUUCCACCAGAAUAUGCAUACACUAUGAGGCUGACGAUGGCUGGCAACGUCUAUAGCUUUGGAGUCAUUUUGCUUGAGCUGCUGACAGGAAAAAAAUCGGUCAGUAAUGGCACUGAGUUAGCCAAGUGGGCUCUCAGUCUUUCAGGCAGGCCUGAUGAAAGGGAGCAGAUCCUUGACACCAGGGUCUCAGGAACUUCAAUUGCUGUUCAUAGCCAGAUGCUGUCGGUCCUGAACAUCGCUCUCUCUUGUGUUGCAUUCUCUCCGGACGCUCGGCCAAAGAUGCGCAACGUCUUGAGGAUGCUCUUCAAUGCAAAGUGAAUCAGAAGCAGCCUGCAAUCAGAUCAUAGAUAAAUUUUGGGUGCAGUUCCAGCCUCGCGUAGUUUAUGGAUGUCAGUGAUAAGUAUACAGGCUGCCCUUAUAUAGUUCCAUAGGAGAUAGAACCCUAGCUUAUAGUAGAUCAUUAUAUGUUUUAUGAAUUGUGUAAUUAGGUAUCUGCUUUGCAGUGAGUGGCUAUAUGGUUUAUAAGCUGUCAAAUGUAGAGGUGCUUAUAAGCAAAGUUGGGUAUUGUUCUCAUAGGUAGGGCUAGGAAAAAAAAGCUCGAGCUCGAUGAGCCGGCUUGCGCUCGUGGGGGCUUGGCUCGUAGCGGCUCGACGCUUAGAAUGAGCUCGAGCCGAACCUGUUUUUGUGGCUCGAGAAAAGAGCGAGCUAGCUCGGCUCACUGCGGCUCAUGGCUCAACCUAAUAACAAUUUGGUACAUAAAAUCCUAACUAACAUAUAGUGUUAGUACCAAAUA